GUCAAUACACCAGUCCAAUUUCCCAACAACUAAAUGCAAUUAAAGAGUAUCACUUACCCAGCUUGCCCAGGAGGGCCAGCACAUAAAUGGGCACGGCCAGGCGCUGGGUGCCGUCCUGGCAGGAUGCAGAACUCCAGGAGCAAGCCCUGCUCCUGCCCCAGCCUCAAGCUCAGGGAGGUGGCAUCCAUGUACUUCACCAUGGUGGCCGCGUUCCUGGUCAUCCUGGUGGUGGCCCUGCAGGGCUCGGUGCCCCGUGGGACUGAUUUCCCCUACAAGGUGCCCCUGGAUCCCCAGGGGCUGCUGGAGCUCUCCUGGAAUGUCAGCUACCCCGAGCAAGCCGUGCACUUCCAGCUCCUCAUCAGGGAGCUGCGGUUUGGGCUCCUCUUUGGGAUGUCGGACAGGGGCGAGUUUGAGAACGCAGACCUGGUCGUGCUCUGGAGCGAUGGGCACAACUCCUACUUUGGGGAUGCCUGGAGUGAUGCCAAGGGGCAGCUCCACAUGGAUUCCCAGCAGGACUACCAGCUCCUCGGGGCUCGCCGGGCUCCUGAGGGGCUCUACCUCCUCUUCAGAAGAGCCUUCAGCACCUGUGACCCCAAGGACUACCUGAUAGAGGAUGGCACCGUGCACCUCAUCUACGGCAUCCUGGAGAAACCCGUGCGCUCCCUGCAAGCCAUCAACAUCUCUGCCCUCCACGGGGGGCUGCAGAGGGUGCAGCUGCUGAAACCCAACAUCAGCAUCCCUCAGCUGCCCAGUGACAUGAAGACCAUGGAGAUAACAGCCCCAGAUGUUGUCAUUCCCAGCCAGGAGACGACCUACUGGUGUUACAUGGCAGAACUGCCAGAGGGCUUCCCCAAACACCACAUUAUCAUGUACGAGCCAGUGGUCACGGCGGGCAACGAGGCCCUCGUCCACCACAUGGAGGUGUUCCAGUGCACGGCCGAGUUCGACACCUUCCCCCACUACAACGGGCCCUGCGACUCCAAAAUGAAGCCAGACAGGCUCAACUACUGCAGGCACGUGCUGGCAGCCUGGGCCAUGGGGGCACAGGCUUUCUAUUACCCUGAAGAAGCAGGUCUAGCCUUUGGUGGCCCAGGCUCCUCCAGAUAUUUGCGUCUGGAGAUCCAUUACCACAAUCCCCUGGUGUUCAAAGGUCGCCGGGACUCCUCGGGGAUCCGGCUCUACUACACGGCCACCCUUCGUCCCUAUGAUGCUGGAAUCAUGGAGCUGGGCUUGGUGUACAGCCCAGUGAUGGCCAUUCCCCCUGGAGAGGACAGCUUCAUCCUCACAGGAUACUGCACUGAUAAAUGCACCCAGCUGGCUCUGCCCGCUGCUGGCAUCCGCAUCUUCGCCUCCCAGCUGCACACACACCUGGCAGGGAGGAAGGUGGUGACGGUGCUGUCCCGGGACGGGAGGGAGCAGCAGGUUGUGAAUGCUGACACACACUACAGCCCUCACUUCCAGGAGAUCCGCAUGCUGAAGGAGGUGGUCGCGGUUUUUCCGGGCGAUGAACUCAUCACCACCUGCACGUACAACACUGAGGAUCGGAGCAGAGCCACCGUGGGAGGGUUUGGCAUCCUGGAGGAGAUGUGUGUGAACUACGUGCACUACUACCCCCAGACCCAGCUGGAGCUGUGCAAAAGCGCUGUGGAUCCAGGCUACCUGCACCGGUACUUCAGCCUUGUGAACAGGUUUAACGAUGAGGAGAUCUGCAUGUGCCCCCAGGUGUCUGUCCCACAGCAGUUUUACUCCAUCCCCUGGAACACCUUCAACAGGGAUGUGCUGAAAUCCCUCUACAGCUUCGCUCCGAUCUCCAUGCACUGCAACAAAUCCUCUGCUGUGCGCUUCCCGGGCGAGUGGGAGAAGCAGCCGCUCCCCAGCAUCACCGAGAGGCUGCGGGAGCGCGUCCCUCGCUGCCCGGGCAGCCCGGAGCCCCAUCCCGCUGCCCCCAUCCCCCUGGACCUGGGCCAGCUCCGGAGGGACUGACGCGGUGCUGCCACCGGCACGGGCAGCGCCUCCGGUGCAUCCAUCCCUCCUCCAGGCAGGAGCAUCCAUCCCAGGGGAGCAUCCCUGUGCCAGCCGGUGUGCCCUGGCCCUGCCUCCGGAGGGGGUUCGAGCUCAUCAGGCAGAGUUCACAAAGUCCUCCGGGGAUGGGAAGCGCUAUAUUUAGUGCGUUAUUAGCAGUGCUGGCUCUGAGUAAUGCUGCUUCCCACCCCCGCAACAAUAACGGCGAGGUUUUGCUAUUGUGCCGCCCCAGGGAGGGGGGAAGGAGCUUGUUUGCCCGCAGGGAAACUGAGGCACGGAGCACAGGGAUGUGUGGGAGCAGCACAAAAGCUUUGCUGGUGUCCCACGGUCCCGUCUAGCUCAGGGUGGCUCCACAGGUGCUGCCCCACGCUGUGGCAGGGAUGGAGGGGGGAUGGA